UUAGCUUGGUUGUCCAUAAUCAAAUUUCGUAGACAUUUCCAAUUUACUUUCAAAUACGUGUUCAUUUUUGGAUAUUAUUCUACUACGUGUUUUUACGUACUCAUCUGCAUGCGAUCUCGAGCUUAUAGUCACGGGUUCCUCAAAUCAUUUGACCUAUAUUAUAUAUUCCCCGAGAUAUAUUCUCCAUCAUACAUCUUCCCAUCUUUAGAUAAUCUUCAAAGUUUAAUACAAUCCCCAACCAUGGGGAAAGCACAAUUAACAGCUAUGUUUUUUAUCUACAUGUUUUGCAUGCUUAUAUCUUUGCCUCCCAUUUACGCUUGUGGUUAUUGUGACAAGCCGAGUCACCCACCUUCCGGCCACACUCCUUCACGUCCUUCUUAUCGUCCAAGCCCCUAUCCUCGCUCACCACCUCAUCAUGGAGGAAGUGGUGGUAAGAAACCACCACAUCAUGGAGGAAGUGGUGGUGGUGGGCCUAAGGUAUCACCACCCGUGGUCGUACCACCCAUAAUCAUGCCACCGAUCAUCAUUCCAACUCCUCCUGUUGUUACACCUCCUCCGGUGAUAAUCACUCCCCCGUCUGUUCCAUGUCCUCCAGGUGCUCCUGGGUCUCCUGGAAUGCCCGGCCCUCCUGGUACACCUGGAACUCCUGGUAAAGGUGGAGGUGGUGGUAGUCAUGGAGGGGGAGGUUAUGCUCCACCUGGAAAAGGAGGAGGUGGUGGUGGAUCUCCUCCUGGAAAAGGUGGCGGAGGUGGUAAAUCCCCUCCUGGACAUGGUGGUGGUGGGACCCCACCAGGAACAGGUGGAGGAGGAUAUGGUCCACCUGGUGGUGGUAGCCCAGGGAUAAUUCCAAAAACAUGUCCAAUAGAUGCAUUAAAACUAGGGCUAUGCUUGGACGUUCUAGGAGGUUUGGUGCAUAUUGGAUUAGGAGACCCAGUGAAGAAUAUGUGCUGUCCAGUUUUACAAGGUUUGCUAGAUUUAGAGGCAGCAUUAUGUCUAUGCACAGCAAUAAGGCUAAAGCUUCUCAACUUGAACAUAUACAUUCCGCUAGCUCUCACUGUUCUUGCAACAUGCGGAUUAAAUCCUCCAUCUGGUUUCAAUUGUCCACCUAUCUCUUAAUUAGAUUAAGUUUAUCUUGAGGAUUCUUACAAUUCUUAGGAAAUUCAGUAUUUUCUACUUCGUAUGUGUUGUGUUAUCAAUCUCCUAAUUACUCGGAGAAAAAGUGUGUGUUAAGAUAUUGUAAUGUUUUCUAUGUUGUACGUUGGCCUUACUCGGCUUCUAUAGUUGCUAGUAGCAGCUUGCUACUUAAUUAUAU